CUUUCCCCCACAGUGCCCUGCGCCUUUCCUGGUGCCAUUGGGUCGCCUGCCCCAAGUGGGGCUGUGAAUGACCAAAUAAAAUGAUCUGGCCGGCCAGAUGCAGCCCCCAUGGCCACCAGUUGCCAUCUCUGAAUUAAUGUGCUAUUGGGACGCCACUGGCAUCAUGGUGACUCAGUUUGUAUGUUCGUAAUAAUAAAUAAUACUUGGCAGUUCUAUUGGUGCUUUCUAGCUACGUGCUACAAAGCACUUUAAUAGAGAUGCCUGGUGUUUAUACAGAUAUUAACUAAUCACAACAACCUUAUGAGGUAGGGUGGGAGGAUGAGUAUUAGUUCUAUUUUAUAGAAGGGGAAACAAACACAGACUUAUGCUCCUAGAGGGAAAUAAGAAUGUAAAAAAAUGAUUAGGGGUUUAGGCAAGAAGGGGAAGGAGUUACACACCAGUGGCGUGCUGUCUGUGUGUACAAGGCUUGCCUUGCCUGCAUGCCUGAGCAGCUGUAUGUUGUCUAACUGACAGCACUCAGGAUGACUGUCCAGUCCUCAUGAAGGAUGGCAUUUGUGAGGAUGUGAUGUCACUGCAUUUGUAGAACAGAAUGGCAUCCUCUGCACAGCGGGAUCUUGACCCAGGUGUGACAGUAUAUGUGAGGUCUGUGACGGUGCCCUCCCAUAAGGCUUUAUGGAAAUAUGCUUAUGAGUGUGUAUGUAUGUGUGUGUAUUUGUGUGUGUGUGUAUAUAUAUAUAUAUAUAUAUAUAUGACAUAACUGGAAUAUGUUUUAUGCUACAUGUGCCAUGUAACAUAUCUCUGUAGAGGUUAUGAUCUCCUGAAUCUAUUAAUCCUAUCUGUAUGCAUGUAUCAUUUUUGUAUUUGAAGUUAUGAAUAUUGGCUGUAUAUUUGUCUGAUUCUAAGUAGGUUUUAGUGAAGCAGUUGGUCAGUUUCCUGAGAAAAGACUAUUCUCAGUAAGUGCCCAAUCAAGAAGCCCUUAAGCCAACAAUGAACUUGGAGAUGCCAAUCCACAUCUGAGCUUUCCCAGGAAUGUGGCUUGGCUGGUAAGGAACUCAGUCAUGCAUGGACACGUGACUUGCCCAGGUGACUCCAAAGCUCCAUUUUAUAGCUGGACUUUGCAUAGGAGAGAGGAGGGAGUCUCUAUCCACAAGACAGAGUCUAUCUAAACCCCUGGGAGACCCCUCCAUUGGGUCUUCAGCUGGCUAAAGAGAGAGUUUCUCCACCCCUAAAGAUACCUGAAAGAAACUGAAACAAAGGACAGUAACUACAGGGGGUGUGAGUGAUUGCUGGACCCAGACUAGAAGGAGAUUAGUCUGUAAAAGGAAGCUUACUGGAAUUGGGUAUAUUGGUUUGAAAAGGGAACAUCACAAGCAACCCAAGAGUGAAUUCGGAUAAGAAAAAUCAGCUGUUCAAGCAGCCAUGCCCCACUUCUUGGAUUGGUUUGUGCCAGUGUAUCUGAUGAUCUCCAUUCUCAUCUUGGUGGGCUUCGGAGCUUGCAUAUACUACUUUGAGCCGGGCCUACAGGAGGCCCACAAGUGGCGGACGCAAAGGCCGAUCAUGGAACGAGAUCUUCGGAAAACACUGAUGAUACGGGAUAACCUUGCCUUUGGGGUGCCUGAGGUCUAGUAUUCUGCAUGUGGGGUGUUUCUAGAAAAACACCCAAACAGAGCCUUUUCUGGGUGGGCCCUGGCUAACAAGGUUUGGUCUGGAUGCACGUUUCUCCUCACUCAGGAGAGAAUCUACUGUCUGGUGACUGAAGAAGGGUAGUUUCACUCUUUGCUGACACAGGUCUCUGUUAAUCACCAGAGUUACCUCUUUUUUUCCUUCUUCUUCUCCAUUUCUGAAGCAAGGUUUGUGCUCCUCUGUUAACUCAAGGCUUUCAGGUCUACCCUAGACAAGAUACUCAUUACUCAGCAAAGGAUCUCCUGCACCACUCCAUGGCCUGGAUUUUUAGAUCCACCAAAGGUAAAGGUCUCUGUUAUUCAUUAUCCAUUAGAGGAUACCUGCACCUAUACAUUACCUUUUUAAAAAAAUUCUUAUGGGCACCAGAUGAUAACAAAUAGACUUGAUAUGGGACAUAGAUCCUUUUACUGCUAGGUCACUGGUUUAAAUCUAGCCCAAUUUGCUAGGAUCUGAAAGGUGUUAUCAUCAAAUACCUCUUUGGUGACUUACGUAAAAUGAAUUUGGAGGCUCUCAGUCCAGUUCUUCAUGGACAACUGUGCACAUCACAGAAAUCACCAAUGCCACUGAAUUGCCAUCUGUGCUGGGAGUCUCAUUAGAGAUGCCAUGGAUUGAAUGAGCCAUGGAGAGUGAAUUCCCUACUCACCCCUAGAGGUGAUUUUCCUAGCUCAGGAGUGAGACACACAGGACGGGCAAUGGGAGUAAAGAUUGCUUUAUUGGUGCUCAUGUUGUACCUGUUUGGGGGAUAGAGGACUUCAGUCUCCAGGGCUGUCAAUCUGGUACUUUUAUAGAAUCAUAGAAGAUUAGGGUUGGAAGAGACCUCAGGAGGUCAUCUAGUCCAACCUCCUGCUCAAAGCAGGACCAACUUUCAUGAGCACUAAAUUCUUGCACGCAAUUUUCAGUUAAGGAGGUCUGUGUGGAUCCUGCCAGGAAAUGUCUUGCACCUCUCCUUGACCCAGGGCUCUGGAUUUAUCAUGACUAGACGUUGGAUCUUCUUCACCUGUCCAUGACCCAGGGAUCGAGGGUCCUUUAUUAUGAGUAGACUUGCACUCGUACAGUCGUCUGUCCUACAGCAUUUUUUGAAAUGGAUCCCUUAGUGCAUCAGUUCUGGUGCUGCACCCUCUUGACUGUCAUCCACACUGAAAACUGUGAAAUGCUCCUUGGAGAACCCUUCACUGUGAAUCUCCGGUAAGGGAUGCUGAGCCAGGUGGAGAUGGGGCACUACUAAUGACUGUGCUUUCUAGAUCCCACCUGUGAAGCAUAUAAUGUGUAUACGUACACUGUUUUUGCACUUUCCUCCAUGCUUUCCUAGGGCUGAUUUGCUAACAAAGUACUGUAAGAAAAUGUGACUCCAUGGGAGAGUGGGAAUCCAGCACCUUUUUCUUCAUUGCGAAUAGCGUGCAAAUCGUAGCUGAUAACACUGGCCCAACUCCGAGCCUAGGACAUGAGGUAUUCCCCAGCAGGUACUACUGUGCCACACCUGCUUAGAACUCUAGUAAGACACUGGCUCCUGUUCCAUGGUGCUUUGUAUCUCUGCUGAUCCAUCAUGACCCUGGCUGUUUCUCACUUUCUAUGCUAACAUGUCCCUAAUACCCCAUUGUCCUCAUUUCUAUACGUAAUAUAUUAUAAAACUCCAGUCUUGACCAAUCAUGCCCAGUUAUCUACAUUCCAUACAGUACCACUGUCAGUGCAUUCCAUACCAGUGCAGCACAGCCAUGGCCACCUUUUGAUAUAUCCUGCUGCAUAUUUGCCGUUGUUGCCCUAUCGGCCACCCUUCUGUACAUUCUGUACCAUUGUAACACAGUCCCUGCUGCCCUAUUGUGCACAUGUCUGUACAUUCCAUACCAUACACAAAGUGCUGCUGUUUUGUACAUACUUCAGUACAUUCCAUACCAUCAGACUGCUCUUGGUGCUGGUUCAGUGCCGCGCUCCGUGAUGGCUCCAGUGUGCAGCAAGAGCCAUUAGACGCAGGGGUGCAGACAGGCUCCUCCCCCAUCAUGGCUCUUGGAUCAGCUCACAGCAUAUAUAGUCCCUAGGAUGAGAGUUUUGGAGCCAGUGAUAAUUUUCACUGGAAACUGAUGACAGAGCUUUUUCAUCCAUUACUGAAUGAAGGAUGGAGAACAUAUUAUGUCGAUUUAAGUGGGUGACUUGUCAUUGCGGGUUGCUUGGGGAAUAACGUUUAUGUUAGCAGUGAUGGCUGUAGUACAAAUGGAAACUGUCCUCAGCGCCUGGCAAAUGUCGUUGGCCUUUAUUGGCCAUUUCAUCUGCCCUGGUCAGAUGAGGCAUCAUCACCAACACCAAGGUCCCAACUGGUGGGACCUUCUUGGGUCUGUCAAUGUGAGACAGUUGAGUCCCUACAUUCAGACUGGAACAUGGUGAUCUUGAUGCAGAUAUCAUAACAUGGGCCCUGAUUCAGUAAGGUACUGAAGCAUGUGCCUAAAUGUACGCACACGAGUUAUCCUACAUCAGUGGUUCUCAAACUUUUGUACUGGUGACCCCUUUCACAUAGCAAACCUCUGAGUGCGACCCCCCCCUAAUAAAUUAAUACUUUUUAAAUAUAUUUAACACCAUUAUAAAUAUUGGAGGCAAAGCGGGAUUUGGGGUAGAGGCUGACAGCUCGCGACCCCCACAUGUAAUAACCUCACCACCCCCUGAGGCGUCACGACCUCCAGUUUGAGAACCCCUGUCCUACAUGCUUCAGUACCUUGCUGAAUCAAGGCUGUGAAGGUGCAAAUGUCACAGUGCAACAUCACCGUAUCAUCCGGUAAUGAUUUUGUUCCUCAGUAUGAAUACAGAUAAAUGGCAGCCCUCAAUUACAUUGACAAUAUCUAUUGCCCAAAGGUCACUCAAAAUAAUAAAGCCAUAGUCUCUGAGUUCAACUUAGAGACCUGCUUCUUGGGCCUUGACUGUUGUAACGUGGUGGCUAGGCCACCAAUGCAAAUGGACCCCAGGUUGAGCAAUGGGGUAGCAAUAAAAACCUUUGUACUAGAGGUCAGGAGCUCAGAGAUGUCAGGGACAGAUUAAAAUAUCCCCGUAAGACCGAGGUUCCAUGUUUUGAAAAGACUCAAGAUAAGGAAAUCUCUCUCUCUCUCUCUCUCUGGUGUUCCCAGUUUCUCUCUCUAUGAAAGAAUCCAUAUUACUGUGUGUAUGGCAGUCAUCCCACAGGUGGAGUCUGCCCUCCAGAGAUGGCUGGGAGCCAGUUCAACCACCCACUUACAGUCAUGGGUCUAACUGUUCCUACGGAAAGGGUCAGGAAGGACCGAACCAUAGAGACUGACCUCUCCUCUCCACCACGGGCGAUCCCUCCAGCCCUGGAUGGAUGUACGUUGUCAGGAAGUGAUGGGGAGUUUGUACUGUGCUCCAACUCUGUGUCUGUGUGUAGGUGGGAGGGACUCCGGUCUCCAGGAAUGUUACCAGCAUGAACUCCACAAUCGCUCUUGUAUUUCACCAGCAGAACACUCACCUUCAUAAACUAAGUCAAAAGAAAAAAAAAUAAAAGGGAAAUGAGUGAUUGAGUCUUGUGCCAAUGCUCCGUGGGAUGUGGCAGGCAGAAUGACUGUCUGGAACAGCCCCCACCUUCAGUGUGCGGGGGAAGCCCUAUCUGUGUGUGCCUAUUCUGGCUCGCAAAGGAAUCCCCGUAGACCCCACUCUCUAGGAAACAGUCCUGCUGGAGUAGGGGCUGGACCAAUUGGCCCGUCAUUUCUCUCUCUGUAUCCUCUGGGCCUCUUUCCUGUUCUGUGCCAUUUUCUGUGUGUAGUCUCAAGUGUUUUAAUUCCACCUCUCCCAGGCCCUGGAUUAACUGGAUGAAAUUGACCAGAAAGAAAAUUAAUUGUCUGAAAUUGAAGAGAAAACAUUUCCCAACAGUGGGAUCCAUUAGGUCUUGGAAUAGUCUUCCAAGGGAAUUGGUAGAAGCCCUGUCACUUGGGACUUGUUAAAGCUAGACUGGACAAGGCCUUGGAGACUCUAGGGAACAAUCCUUCAUGGGCAGGGGGAUGGCCUACGUGUGAUCUAGCAAGUAUCUGCAUCUUUAACUUGUAUGAUACCUCUCUCUGUUCAUCUGUCUGAUACACCAGUACUGUGAACACCCCACCUUUAGCCUAAGAGCUAAAAGAAACAGAAGCGCCAAAUCUCUGUUUGAUGUUGUUUUGCAGUGUGUGUUUUGCACUGUCUGGUCCUGAUGAAAUUAGCAUUAACAGUCAGGUGUUUUCCACUGUUACUUUGUACUUUAUUCUCAUUCGAGUCAAAAGUCUAUAUAAUAAGUGUAUGUAAUAAAAUAUGUAUAGAGA